AUGGCUGACCUUAACCUGACCAGUCUUGGAAAGAACCAAAAGCACGCCAUUGCAGUGUUAGCCUUUAAUGAAUGUGGAGAUGGUCCCGCUAGUGACGUUCUUUCUGUGAAGACAGACGAAGACAAGCCUGACGCAGCCCCUCAGAAUAUCACGGCAGUCAACAAGACGUCAACAAGUAUACUGGUCACGUGGAGUGAAGUACCAAGAAGUAAGCGCCAAGGAAGCAUUCAGAGUUACAGAGUGGAUUACACAUCAACAACAAGCAACGAAACAAAAAGAAAGGAGGUCCAAGCCCCUACCCAAUACUUGGAGAUAGAAGGCUUGGAACACAACACCAACUACACCAUCACAGUUAUGGCUUCCACCAGUAAGGGAUAUGGACCAGCGAGCGAACCUAUUUUUGUGGCUACAGAUCAGGAUAGUAAGUCUACCUCUGCACUUACUUGUAUAAAUGCUUGUACUAGAAAGGUAAUAUAUUUCCUGUCGUAUGAAACACUUGACAGGGACACUAACACGGCGAUUUGUCUACAGGGAGUUUGA